AUGUCAUUUUUAAUAAAGCAAGUAGUUAAUAAAUCGCCAAAGGAUAUAGUGGUUUUGGCUGCAGUCAGAUCUCCAGUAACUAGAGCAAAGAAGGGAGGAUUGGCUCACAUGUAUCCAGAAGAACUAUUAUAUCAAGUUGUGAAAGGUGGUUUAGAGAAGGCCAAAGUCGACCCCAAGCAUGUUGAUGAGGUGACUGUUGGAACAGUAUUACAAACAUUGGGAGGACAAAAAAACAGUGCAGUUGCUAUCAAGUCAAUUGGAUUCCCAGUCUCCACAACUAUCAAUACAGUGAACAGACAAUGUUCGUCAUCUGCUCAAGCUGUCACAUAUACUGCAAAUUCAAUCAGAAGCGAGGAUUACGGGUUUGGUAUUGCUGCCGGUGUUGAAUCAAUGACAUUUGACUAUUUUCCUCAUCGAGGAAUUCCCACAAGAACUUCUCAAAGCUUGUUGAAUAACAUUGCCAACGAUGAAGCUCGUAAUGUCUUAAUGCCCAUGGGUAUAACAUCUGAGAAUGUUGCUAAAAAAUACGGAAUCAGCAGAAAGGACCAAGAUGAAUUUGCAUUCAACAGUCACCAAAAGGCAGCAAAGGCAACAGAGUCUGGCCAUUUUCUUAAAGAAAUCAUUCCAAUUAAAGCUAGAAGCACCGAAGAAGGGGAAUUAGACGUUGAAAUAAUCAAGGACGAUGGUAUUCGAGCUAACAUCUCCAUCGAAAAGCUAAACAGUUUAAAGCCAGCAUUCACCGAAGAUGGUUUCACGACUGCCGGUAACGCCUCGCAAAUUUCUGAUGGUGCAUCGUGUGUUAUUCUAACAACAAGAGAAAAGGCCGAAGAACUCUCUCUCAAGCCCAUUGCCAGAUACAUCAGUGCUUCAGUUGCAGGAGUUCCAUCUGACUUGAUGGGUGUUGGGCCUGCGUUUGCAGUUCCCCAAUUGCUCAAAAAGUUGCAGUUGGAAAGCAAGGAUAUUGAUGUGUGGGAGUUGAACGAGGCCUUUGCGUCACAGUCGUUGUACGUCGUUAACCAGCUAGGCAUCAACAUCAAGAAGGUCAAUCCCCAUGGUGGAGCUAUUGCCUUGGGCCACCCCUUGGGUGCAACAGGAGCCAGAUGCAUUGCGACCUUGUUGAAUGGGUUGGACGCAGCCAAUGGGGAGUUGGGUGUGGUUUCAAUGUGCACCUCCACAGGCCAGGGCUACGCAGGCCUCUUUGUGAAGGAGUAG